AUCAAAUUUUAUGAUAAUCUUUUAUCUUGUUUGAACACAUUGUUUUCAAUAUUAACAAUCUUUAUUAGAUAAAAAGUGUUGUACGAGUGCAAUAACCUUCAUCCGAAAUUUUGUCGCCGCCAUGAAGAUGACUCUGGAAGUUUUUAAGAGUUUUGCCGUCCUCUGUUUGCUUUCCGUUUUUCAGAAAAGUGCCGGUACGAGUGCCAGUCAAUUAUCCGAAGGACAUAUCCAUGCCGCUGUUGAAAUACUUCAUUUUAAAAACCCUUCUGGCACGAGUUUCCUACAAUAUUCUACGCGCAGCACGAGAAAAUGUUGCGACUUGAGCAAAAGCAGUAACUGCGAUGCCAGGGAUACAUGCGAUGUAAGAUUUUCAGUCUGCAUUGGCAGUGUAACUGGACAAAGCCUAGAGGAUUGUGUAGGCAUACUUUUAAAUUCGACAGAAGUAUUAAAAGAUACUAAUUCAGCUUGGGAAGCAACAAAUAUAAAGUUUCCAGUUUUUAAUCUGACAACAUGGAAUUCGGAAGAGAAAAUUACAGUUUAUAUGAUAGAUGAUGACACGCCCGGUAACAACAACGCAACACUUGCUGGUGAUCUUAUAGAUAUAUUUACUGGUGACCUAAAGAUGCAAGUUGAUACAGAUUUCUGGACAAGCCAACAGCAUCUGGUUACCCUCACUAAAUGUGCAAGUGUAACUAUUGGUAUACGUGUGUUUUGUGAAUCCAACUAUUAUGGCGAAAACUGCAGUCAGUAUAUGAAACCAGAUAUGUUCCAUCACACAGAUAUUGUCAAUAGAUCUAUAAAACAUAUUCUUGAUUGCAAGAGCAAUGGAUCCUCAGUGAUAAACAUUUUCACCAGUGACCCAUAUUCUUAUACAAUACCUUCUCUUAAAAAAAGGCUAGUGUUGUUUUUGGUUGACAAAGUUUGUUUAAUGGCUGCUAAUACGGUAAACGUGAAAAUAGAUAACGUCAGAUAUGAAAGAGAAAUACUAAGAGUUGCAUUCAGCGGAGACUGCCAGAAACCCAUCACUGACUUAGAAGUUCAUCAUGCCUUGAAUUACAUGAGAAGCUCUGAAAUUCUUCAGUACUUCGGAAAUAAAGUCGAGCGUUUGGACGAGACUAUAAAAAUCAAAAAGGGGCGCCUCAAUAUUGUAUAUAGAUUGUUGGACGUCUUUCGUGUUGAUUCAACAGGGAAGACCUUGUUAUGCAGAGUCAAUGAAUGCAACGCGACUAUACAUAUAGAUUAUAGGAAUCAAAGCGUAACGACUUGGAAAGUGUCUCUCGAGCGUGGCCUAAACUAUUGCUUCAGGGGACUGGAAAACACGAAACAAAACAACACAGAACACAUCAUAAGCGAAUACCCAGCUGUUGUAUCAGAACCAUUAGAAAUUACUAUAGAAACAGAUACAAGAAACGGGGUUAAGAAUCCAGCUGCGAAAUUUCGUAUUCCUGUCUUAAAUUAUACUAGAACAUCUGUGACUGGAAACAGUUAUAGACAUUUGUCGCCGGCAGAAAUCACAAGAACAGACAAAAUCAAAGGACUCGGCUUAACUAUUGGACUUUUUGUUUGGUGUUCUACUGGAUAUACAGGCAAACGUUGCGAAGAAUCUUGUGAAACCGGACAACCAGAUUGUAAUUACGACAAGUGCAGUCCACCGGGAAAACAUAACUAUGACCAUAAUAUACAUUGCGAUCACGGACAUUGCAAUGAGACGACUAAGCUAUGUGAAUGCGAGCCUGGUUACAUUGGUCCAAUGUGCAGAACACAGAUAGAUUACUGCAAACUAGGAUUGUCGGAUAGCCCAUGUAUUCACGGUAAAUGUGCCAGUAACGUUCAUAAUAUUACGUGUGAAUGUAAUAAAAAUUAUACAGGAAGGCUUUGUGAAACUAGGAUACAAGAGCAAACAAACUUCCGCAGGUCUGAACGAGAUACCUUCAAUAGUGGAAUUGUUAUGACUGACUUACCUUCAAGUAAGUCAAUGAAUGAACACAAGUGCCUAAAUUUCAACAGCUGUGGAAAUGGUACUUCUGUUAACUAUAAAAACAAUAUUACAUGUUCAUGCGAUAUUGGGUUUUCAGGGAACCAGUGCAAACACGUGGACUAUUGUGCGAGCAAUCCGUGCUUUCAUGGCGGAUUUUGUGUAAAUACGAAUAAUAGAUUUACGUGUAAAUGCAAGGAUGGUUUUCAUGGCAAGAAAUGCGACAAGAUAUACAAAUGUUCAGAGAGUCUUUGUCAGAAUAAUUCAACAUGCAUAAAUCUAACUUUAUCUAGAAAUCACACGUGUCUUUGCCAGAAGGGUUACACAGGACGCAGUUGCGAAUUAAAGAAUCACUGUGAAAGUCAGUCAUGUGAAAAUGGGACAGAAUGCCACAAUCACAGCAAUGCGGAGUACACUUGCAAAAACCGUUUAUUUGCAAAGCUAACAUUACCGGCUCACAGACCAAGUUUCAUUGAUGAUGACAAUGUUACGGACAACAUGGAGAAAAUUUUAGGAAAUAUUACAAGGAAUUGCAGCAACAUAAAAAUUCUAUUUGAUGUCAUUGACAGCGUGAACGGGUCCAGUACUCUGUAUGUUGCAGUUCUCUGCGACGGUACGCUGUUGUCAUCGGAACUUAUAGCAAAACAAUUUGAAUAUUACCCUACUGAUGAAAUUGUCGAAAUUCUACAUUUUAUACCAUUAGACAAGAAAAACAAAGCUCACACGGAUGGCACAAUGUCUGAUAAAAUGUGGAUAGAAGAAUACUGGAUUAUUUUGACAGGUGUCGCAACUGGUGUUGUAGCAGCUGGUAUCGGUAUAGUGAAAGCUUUGCAUAUUGUAUAUGGGAAAGGAAAACGACAAACACAUGAAACAAGAAUAGGGAACAAUUCCACAAAUUACAAUGAGUAUGUUAGUUUUAGACAUGCCUUUGCAAGUGAUAAAGCAAAUACACUCGAUACUGUUAAAUUGGAGGUAUCGCGAAAAAACUUAAAUUUUUCAAAAAUGGGUCCUGCUCAUGUCAAUCCGAACCAUCGCCGAAAUUCCGUGCACCCUGAAAAGUACCCUGGGUAUCCAAAUGCAACAUAUUACUUAUCGCCGCAAACCGAAAAGCAAGAUAGAAGAGCCCACAGCAUGGCGGACAGUAUCGCUGAAAGUAGUGUGCCACGACAAACACGUUCACUAGAUAUAAUUAACACAGAUGAAUGGAAUGACCCUCAGUAUGGCGCCAGACAGGCGUCAUUUAGUACCAAUGACAAGAAGGACUUCCGUAAGAGUUACAUAGACUCAAAAAUGACGUUUUUGACCAGGAAUCCUAUAUAUGGUCUCAGUAAAGACCAGUGGCAGGAUACGUAAUUUUCCUAAUAUGUGUACAACUGUCAGACAAUUUUGUUACAAAUUUGAAAAUGCUUUCUUUGUAGCCAUCACUUCGACGGCAGAAUAUUUAAUAAUUAAUCGUUGUCUGCAUGUUUUGUCUGUCCAUGUAUUUUGUGUACAUUUUGAACGUAGUCAGAAAAUUAAUAGACACAUGAUAGACGCUAAAUCCAAAUUUCGAAUGACGUAUGUUACCAGGAGUCUCAGUAUGCUAUAUUGACCAAAAGACAAAAACAAAAUGAAACAACUAAGUGAAUAUUAACCGUUUCAAAAUAGGUCUUACUAUCUUUGGGGUAUUAGCGAAAAGGACAUAAUAAGACUCGACAGAAAUUAUUUUAUCUUUAAUUACUGUUAUCACGAUAACAUUAUGUUAUAAACAGUACAAAUAAUAUAAACAUAUAAAAAAUUCA